AUGGUUGGCGUACCGGGAAAGUACAAAGGGUGCGAGACUUGUCGACGACGACGUGUCAAGUGCAGUAACGAAAGGCCGUCUUGCAAGAACUGCUCCAACAGCGGCCGCCAAUGCGAAGGGUACGAACGAGAGCGCGUCUUCAUUACCGGCACUCUAGCUUCCAAGGGCAGGGUAGCCUCACAUCCGAAGAAGGCAACCUCCGGCACGGCAGCGGUCAAGAAACCCAAAUCCAAGACGGAGGACCGAAAAACGGUCAAUAUAGAACAGAGCCAAAAUCAAGUUUCGGCAUGGGACGACUUUGUCCAACUUUCUGUCAAUGGCGCAGAUAACUUGGUCUUGUUGACGGCUUUGCAAACAAACCUCCCUAGCGUUACGAAGCAGGAAACUGAUGGGCAAAAUGAGGAGUUUAUGCUAAACUUGCCUCCAUAUGUGCCUGCGAAUCUGCACUAUGCUGACUUUGAUGCUGAGACGAGUUCGACUUGCCUGGCGAGAUUGGGCAGUUCUGAUGAUGGGAGCUCUUCGAGCGAUGGGUACUGUGUCUACCUGUACGAUCAAAACUCUCCUGCUCCCCCUGCAGAUUCCGAGUUAUGGCACGACACAGCUGAGCAGAGGAGCACCGUCAAGAGCCGCAGUCCACGCCACUACUCGUCGUUCCCGAACCAUCAGUUUUUCGUACGCGUAUAUCGUCCCCUGGCCGCCAGCCUUGCCCUUCUCCAUCGCCGCGAAUCGCAUCUCUCCUCGCCCGACUGGCUGUCGAUACCUUGGGAAUCACAGCCCAAGUCGCAGCUUGACCAGCUGCUAGAUUUGGCUCUCGGUCUUCCCGCUAUUUUCGAGAAAGUAGACCGAUUACUUAUUUCUCCCGCUUCGACGAGUCGUCGGAUCGAGCUGCAAGACAGUCUAAGCAACUGCCUGGUCGUGGACGGUCAAUUCAGCCGUUGGCUUGCUGGAACGUCAAUGGGAUCAGCACAUUCCCGGCCUGCCUUGUGGGUGGACAAUGCGGAAAACAUGAUAUGGGAAGUUCCUUUCGAGAGGCCCUUCGCAUUUAGAGAUUCGCAAACGGGGCUGGUGAUGAUAUAUUAUUGGAUGUGCCAGAUUCUUCUCCAUCGGUGCAUUGAAUCUGUGCAUGUUGCCAUAUUUCAGCCUGUGAUGGAUACGUAUCCCGAUAUGUGGAUGGGACUUCCGUCGAUGCUACAGAUUGACAUUGGCUUGUAUCAGGACGCUCAUGAGCUGGCAGCAAAUAUCUGCAGGGGCCUGGAUGCGGUUCUAAGUGCGACGGUCCAGCCGGAUAUGCUUGUUGCUCCUAUGACAGUCGUGGGUGAUUAUUAUCGGGACAUCUAUGCUCUUUCGCAAGAUGGCAUGCUGGAAAUCAUGUGGCUAGAGUCGUUCAAGGGUCGUCUUGUGGCCAAGGGACAGCACAUAUCGAAUGUUGUGCAGGGGCAGCGGUGGACCGAGGUUGGGAAUUUUGGAGGAUGUUGA